AUGACAGGACAAAUACAUCACCGGAGCAUACCGGAGCCAUUUGCACUUGACGGGCGACACACGUCCGUGCACCGCCGAAAAACCGGUUGCGCUGAGCGCGAAACCUCAAAACCCUUCCUUCGCCUGCCGAUGAAGCGUCCCUUCCUUUGGCUGCUGCUCCGUGCCGUCGGGCUCCAUGCCAUGUGGUGCGAGACGAGCGCGCGGACGGGAUGCCGAGGAAAGCCACGGCAGUUGCUGCGAGAGGCACCUCACUUAGGUGCUGUGCAAGCGUUUGACCAUGCCCUGUCACGGGUCAAGACGGACUUUGAUGAGGAGCCCAUUGUGGUGGAUUGGGACCGCGAUGGUGAUUGGGACCUGCUCGUGAGAACGCAAGACGAGCUCAAGUAUUUUGAAAUGAGGCCAGAUGGCGAGUUUGUGCAGCUGGAGCCAAAUCCCUUCAAGGAUGUUGAAAGCCCCUUCUUGUGUCGCCCAGCCUUGGUGGAUUGGAAUGGCGACGGGCGCCUUGAUGUGCUUGUGGCAUCCGUAGACGGGAUCCGCUACUAUGAAAAUAUGCCGGGCAGCCUGGAAGAACGCACCGGAGCUCAGAACCCCUUCAAUUUCAUUGCCGGAGGGAAUAUUUGUGGAGACUUGGCCGUUGCGGAUUGGGACGGUGAUGGAGACUUGGACUUGCUGCUGGUCUACGCACUUAGCAAGAUGAGGUACUUCGAGCAAGUGAAUGGCAGCCUGCACCUGGUGAAUGAUCAGGAAAGUCCCUUUCAAACAGUCCUGAACCAAACACUUCAUCAACGUCCCUUGCUGGCAGAUUGGAAUGACGAUGGCCGGAUGGAUCUUCUUCUGAUGGCUAAAGUCUUCCAGUGGUACACAGGCGGAUUUUCUUGUUCCGUGCUGGUGCAUCUACAGCUGGAGUCUGGUUUGAGCUUGGAAUGGUUCGAUUUGAGCCCAACCUGCGAGCUGUCCAAGGGCUUCAAGGGAUCAGGUUUGUCCUUAGUUGAUAUCGACGGCGAUGGUGAUCUCGAUGCGGUCUUUGGAAGCAUGAAUGCUCCGCUCCAUGCUUUGGAGCACAAGGUUGUUAAUGGCAACCAUUUCUUGGAAGAGCCUGCCCGAACUCAGACCUCAAGCUCCUUUUACCUCAGUGAGAUUGACCUGGGCAAUGUGGUUGACCACGGGUAUGUAGAAAACAAUUUCAAGCCGAUUCUAGCCGACUGGGACAUGGAUGGAGACUUGGACUUGGCAUUGAUUCACCCAAAAUCCUCGCGUUUCUUCGAGCAUCAAAGCGAUGGAAAAGUGAUUGAGAUCAGUGAGCCGCCUUCCAACUAUUCAUGCCCUAUUGCCUGGCGACACUAUUUCAGCAUGACUGACUUUGAUGGCGAUGGUUUGCUGGAUUUGCUUGGCUUUGGCUCCAAUGUCAAGCCCAUCGUGUGCCGAAGGGUUGGUUCCGACUUUGUCUUCAUGCCGGCUGAGAGCACUUUGAUGUUGGAAGGCUUUCGGGAAGGUUUCGGAGCUUCCGCGUUUCUAGUAGGCUUCCCGACUUUCUUGGAUUGGGACGGAGAUGGAGAUGUGGACAUUCUGAAGCUUGAGGGCAACAAACUCUGUUUGCAAGAGCAACUCUCCAAUGGAACUUUCCAUGCUCGGCUGCUUCCCGUGCCCAUGGCUCGCGAUUUCUUUGCAGUGGACUUUGAUGGAGAUGGGGAUGUUGAUCUUAUGAUGUCUUUGGCCAAUGACAAAGGCUGCAUUUACUUUGAGCGGAAAGGUGAUGGGAGUCUUCAAAAGCACUCGGGCGCCGAUAACCCCUUUCACGCUGCGUGUGCUGUUCCGGGUACUUUGACGUUCUUGUCGACCUUGGGCGACUGGAAUGAAGAUGGAGAGGUGGACGCCAUUGUGGUGCAUGAGAAGAUCAACCUGUGGCACAACCGGGGAAUGAAUGAGUUCAUUGCUUACACGAAGCCGCUUCAAGAGCUCAGCUUCCCUGAAGCAGCGCUCCACUCGCUGCCGCGUGUGAGCUUGGUGGAUGUAGAUCACGACGGAGACCUGGAUCUUGUGGUGCCGCCACAGAAUAUUGUGGCACAGCUUGGAGUGGUUCACUACAGGUACUACGAACGUUUGGACAAUGGGGCAUUAGAGGAGCGCUUUGGUACUGACAAUCCCUUUCACCGAGCACCACAAGGGGACUGGGAUCUUUGGGCGACUCUCUUUGGCAGCCACAUGAUUGUAGAUAUGGACGGUGAUGGGGACCUGGAUAUUGUCCGUGGCCCCUUGCAGUAUGCACGGCAAGAAGCGGAUGGACGCUUUGUGUUCCUUGAAGGCGAUGAAAACCCAUUCAAGGGCAUUUCUCCUGGGCCUUGGGAUUGUUGGACUUUGGUGGAUUGGGACGGGGAUGGCGACAUGGACUUUGUUUUGGUGGAAAUUUCCGAGCAACCGCGUGGCAACAUUACUAAUGACGACCUCGUGUCUGGCAGAGUGUCCAUCGAGGAGUAUGUGGCAGCCCUGCAACAGCGUGGGAACAUUACUUUGGACGACCUCGUGUCUGGCAGAGUGUCCAAGGAGGAGUAUGUGGCAGCGGCAGCGAGUCGCCUUCGGUUCUUCGAACAGUCCAACUCGAGCUUCACCGAACUGGUCGGGGCGGCCAAUCCCUUGGUGUUGGAAGUGACCAGCGAUUUGAUCGGCUCGUUGUGCCCAAGCUUUGUGGACCUGGAUGAAGAUGGAGACCUAGACUUGAUCUUGGAAAACCCGGAUGCGGCCUUGAUCUACUACGAGCACGGUGUGGACGGCCAAUUCACUCUGAAAUCCCCAAAUCCCUUCGCAGGCGUGUCCAUCAGCACAAGGCCAAACCGCAGAAACAGGGCACGUGCUUCUUUUUUUUGUGGACUGGGAUGGCGAUGGAUUGCUGGAUCUUGUGAACUUCGAAGGCACCGAUGUGCAGUACUUCCAGCGUGGCGUUUGCGAGCCUGA